AGAUAUCAGAGAGUACCUCCUCGAAGCUGAGAAAGCGUGGGAUAAACUGUGUUCCUUACAUCAGGUUAUCUUGUUUUACAUAAAAAAACAUUUAUUCUACUAUUUGGAACUGGCUAUCUAGGACGGUGUCUACUACUACAGCACUCACCCCGACCAAAUACCCCACCCUUUAUACCUCGUCAUCGUGUUCCCCAUCGAGCCCGUUAACGGUUACCAUCGUUUGGCCACUAAACAAAUAGUCAACAGUCCUUCCUUCAACUAUACACGUCCUACGUGAGCUGGCUCAAAUCCCAUACCCCCGCCGCUCCCACCCUUCUGUCCUUUCUCUAUCUUGAAUCUUAAACAAGAUAUCCGAACUAUUCUCAUCUGCAUUGCACCAUUUUUAACCAAGGAACCAUGUCUCAACAGGUCGCUCUGAAUUCAAUCUCGUCCCUCGAGAACAGACUCUGUCCGGGCUGCAAGCAGUAUGCCGUGAACGAGAAUGGUGGUUUGGUUGUCGCGUUUGGACAGUCAUUUUUUCACGUCGACUGCUUUAAAUGCGCCAAGUGUCAUCAACAGGUGACCGCCGACACCAAUUUGCUACUGCUUUCAGAUGGCUCGCCAAUAUGCGCCAACUGUUCGUACAAUUGUAAUGUUUGCCACCAACCCAUUCUCGACGAAGCUAUCAUGACCGGAGACGAUUCAUACCACGCACAUUGCUUUAAUUGCAAGGUUUGUCAUAACAGAAUCGACGAACUAGUAUUUGCCAAAACCAGUCAUGGCAUCUAUUGCAUGACCUGUCAUAACGAACGCAUGGCCAAGAUUCGCCGCCAUGCACAGAGGAAGCGCGAACGGGAGAAGGCUGCUGAGGGCAGCGCGUCAUCUUUAACACGAGAGCGAGAGGCACGUGAAGCCUUGGCAGAUAACGCGGUGUCUGAUCGACCACAAGCUAUUUCGCCUCCUUCAUCUUCGUCUACGCGUUUGAAGCCUUCAGCGAAGACCUUUCGAGAUACUCCAUCCAUGAGAAGUCUCAAUCAACCUAGAGAGGAUGCCCUGUCAACGUUGGAACGAAAGCGAAGAUCAUCGCCACUUCAAGAUGAACCUCCCCAAGCAUCAGCCAAGAAUACUGCGCAACCGUCGAUAUUUCCUUCAAGCCCACACCCGAUUCAGCAUAAACUUCCUCCCUCUUCACGAUCAUCACGUGAUGCACAGUCGCAAUCAUUCGCAGUAACUAUCGCACCUCCCGACAACAGCGAUGACGGUGGUGCUGAUCAUACCCAAGUGAUCAUUGUUGAUGAUUUAGGCUCGUCAAAUCCACAGGUGUUGUCUCAGUCUGUUCCUAUAACUCCUUUAGAGAGUCUGCAGGCUCAAGAUGGAAUUGGAGGGACAUUGUUAAAUCCAUCGUCGACUGUGGAUUCAUCUAGCGCACUUUCCAGGAGAAAGAGCUAUGAUGACGGUGUUCGGCCACUGAACGUCCUCUUCGCAAAGAAAGGACACGUGGAGAAGGAUUCGUUGGAUCAGGCUAGCUUGGGCGUACCGAAUGGUGUCACGUCUCGCAGUGACAAACGGCGGUCUAUUAACCCAGGACUUGCUCUUGAUUAUAAUAAUUUUGCCCGGCCUUCUACCUCAGCCGGACUUUCUCCGCCAGAACAGAUGAUUCGGUCGCAGACAUUACCUGCAAAUCGUAGCGACUCACCCGUUGCGCCAUCUCCUUCCAAGUCAUUCUUUUUCGAUUCGUUUCCAUCUCGCCGGGGAUCCAAUAUCAGUCUACUUCGUGACAGCGCUUCGGGCUCGACUAUAUACCAUUCUCCUCCUCCAUCACCUGCCCCUGGUCAUCUAGAAAAUGGGCGAGCAACACCCGAUGGUCGUAUGCGAUCAAUGUCGCAUGACCCCCUUCAACCCCAGUCCGCAUCACUUUAUGCCCGCUCGACGACCCAAUCACGUCGGUUAAGUCCUAACUUGGAGAAAAUUUCUAUUCGUUCAGACUUACAGAACCAUGCGAGAAGCUCGACAAAUGGCCUGCAUACUCAGCAUGUUGACGGGCGUCUGUCCCCCUCUGGCCAUUCGAGUGAGAGAACAUUGCGCAUGGAUAAUGCACCCAGUGGCUCGAUAUCAGAUCGCACUGGCGCAGUCACUCCAACAUCUCCAUGUCAUAGAGCGGAUGUCCCUCACAGUAUUGAAAGUGGUACAGACACGGACGCAGAAGGGGAUGGUAGUCGCAAAUCCUCAGACGAUAGCCCUUCACCCACUACUCCUGCUCCUCCUGUCCCGCCUAAAGAGCACAGGGCAAAGGCACGCGCAAAUGAGCUCAAGCUGGACAUUGAUCCCGAUGCAUCUGCCAUGUCGCAUAUGGAUUCCCACUCGGAUGAAUCUUCGCCAGUUGAACGCACGUCGGUAGCAACGUUUAUCGCGCCCGCCCUUCUUCCUCCUAUUCGCUUUUCCAUGACGGGCUCGGACUUCUCAGACUUUCUGAGGUCGGUGGGCGGAAUGCCAUCUCUCAAAUCGCUCGAUCAGAUUGCCGAGGGAGAUGAUUCUCGUAAGGAUGAAUCGUUGCCUAGUCCAGCUGCAAUUAGUGUCGCCAAUGGAAAGUCACGAAACUCAGGGAGUGCGGCGAAUGAUAAAGAUCGUCUGGAACGAGUCAUUCCCACCACAUCCCGACAGCCGCAUGAUCAUCAACGAGAUCCGUCAAAUUGUUCUCAAUCACUUGAUGCUGAGACGAAAGACCGCUCUUCUCCCGAGUCGCAUUAUCCCUCUCUUCACGGUCACGAAGCGAGGCACGAGAGGCUGGCUUCCAAUGCAUCUUUGGAUUCCAAUGCGCGCAUCGUCGUCACUUUACCCGAUUCAACCAUUUCAAUGCCUGUUUCUAGCGAUUCAUAUGAUCUUGUGAUUCGUCGCCUUCACGAGGUUCUUGAUGAUGCAAGCGAACAUGGUUAUCAGCAAUUGAAAUUGGACAAGAACUUCAUUGGGGCUAUCAUUACGUCAAUGAAGCAACGACGGAUAGAAUACGAAGAGCUCAAAUACAAGUAUGACGGCACAAAGAGGGCGAGCCAGCAAUAUAUCGAGGGUCUUACUGUUGCCCGGAAGGAGCAUGACCGUGAACUUGUCGCUCGACGGAAUGCCGAAGCAGAGGUCACCCGCCUGCGUGUUUUGCUGUCUGGUCAAGCUGCAAAGUUGACUGCUCUCAACGGUGAGGCAAACAGGUCGGAAACCCGACGACAGCUUUCCCAGGAGCUUGCCAAAAGGCUGAAUCUGUUGGAGCACGAUCUGUCCCAUCUGAAAGCGGAGCGAGAUAUGACUUUAGCAGAGCUUGAAGAACUAUGCGCGUCAAAGAAUUGCCCCAGCGUUACAAACUCGGGCGAAAUACCUGCCGCACAGAUGAGCCGGUCUUUGACCAUGCGCUUGGACAACAUUAAGACGCAGUAUCAGCAUGAGCUCAUUCCUCUCACACAGCAGCGCGAAGCUCUCAUCAGAGAGGUGGUAGAGUUGAAAGCUGCCCGCGAACAAUUCCUCGAGGAGACCACUGUACUUAACGCUCGAAACGAAGAACUGGCGCAGCUUAGUGCUCAGUAUGUGCGUCGAAUAGAGACCUCUCGCUCUGCAACACCUACUGUGGACGUCAUUUGUUCAAAGGACGAAUCAGCAGUAGGCUCCGUCAGCGAGAAGAGCACAUCGUUUGACCACGAACACCCUCAGUCUGACUUCCCAUCAAUGUCUUCAUCACUCAAUGGCGUGGCAGCUUUCAGCACGACAACGUUGGUUGAGGAAUCGGAGGCCAAGUUCAACAAGGCUAGCCGUUCCGACAUGGCAGAUUCCUUGCCUUCGACGCUGAAGUCUGCAAAAUUCAAGUGGCCUAUGGCUAGAGGUCGGGAUCCCUCGCUGUCGUCUGUUGAUCAGAAGGGCAAAGGUCAAGUAGCUCAUUCCUUCAACCAAACGAGCGUACUCCGCUUUACGCGGUGCGAUCAUUGUGGAGACAAGCUAUGGGGUUCCCAGUUUCGAUGUUCAGUCUGCCAUAUAUCCGUGCAUCCUCGUUGCGUGAAUCAAGUGUGCGUAGCAUGUUCUCAACAGCCUCCUCGCCGAGAAGAUGUGAUCGCACAACCUCCUCCCUCUAUGUUUGGCCGUGAUCUUAUAGAACAAGUGAAAUCGGAUUUGAAGUGGGGAGAACGGAAAGUCCCUGUUAUCGUGGAGAAAUGCAUUGACGCAGUGGAGGCACUCGCACUGGACUACGAGGGUAUCUAUCGCAAAACUGGUGGUUCUGGCCAAACGAAGAUGAUCACCCAGCUAUUCGAACGAGGGGAUUAUGGAGCAUUCGAUCUGCGUGACGACGAUCGGUUCAAUGAUAUCUGCAGCGUCACUUCUGUCUUAAAGACAUAUUUCCGUCAAUUACCUGUCCCUCUUUUGACUUAUGACCUUCAUGGAGAAUUUAUCUCAGCAGCUUCACUUAAGGAUCCCGGGCUUAAAACCCAAUACCUGCAGGAAUUGGUUAACCGCCUUCCCGGCGAGCACUAUCACACUCUACGCCUGCUUGUAUUGCAUUUACACAAUGUAUUAGAACACAGCGACAAAAAUCUCAUGAAUGCGAGGAACUUGGGAGUGGUCUUUGGACCCACACUAAUGCGUUCUUCAGAUCCUGGUUCUGAGUUCAGUGACAUGGCUGGCAAGGCCAUGAUGAUUGAAUGGCUCGUAGAUAACGCGCUCACCAUUUUCCAGUCACAAAUAUCCCGUUGAUUUCUCACAUUCUAUUCCGGAUGGACUUUUCCUAUGUUAUUGUAUACUUCGUAUUUUCUCGCGUACUGUGACAUUUGUCUUUAUGGUUGUCCUUUGCUUACUACCGGGUAGUGUAUUUACUCAAUGCCUCUUAGCGGCAGGUCGGACAAGGUGCACUUCGACAUUACGACCCUAACUUAUAACUUAUACAUGGUAUGUACUUUAUUUGAACCGGCCACUCAGAUACUGUUGCAUCUGACCGUUCGAUUGGCACCCG